UUUACAAAUCCAACUCAAAAUGGAUACGUGUUAUUCAAAAUAUUGUAAUUAAACGAUUUAAAUAGGGUUAAUCCACAAGUAAAGGGGCACCAAAAAAAUUGAUUAAAAAAAGAAUUAGUAGGAAGUUAAGAACCACCACGUGGACAAACAACAGCAUCAUCACCUUCCUAAGAAGCAAAGCAUGAAAUGACACUCAAAAUCGCCACCACCACCACCACCGCCACCAUCUCCGCCGUCCCACAUAGUUUCCAUCUUUGAAAGUUCUGCCUGUAUCUUCUUCUAUUUUCGCAUCCAAUCCUUUUUUUCCUACUCUCUACGAUGUCCAAAUCCAAUUCCGAUAAUCCGAUCCGGAAGGUUCUCGGAUUGGGAUAUUGGGUUCAGGGUUUCCGUUGUUUUCCAUGGAUGGCGGUUAACUUUUUCCUCAAGGACGGCCUCAAUGUCGACCCUUCUACUCUUCAGCUUCUUCAAAAUUCCGCCAAUCUUCCCAUGGUUGCCAAGCCUCUCUACGGGAUUCUCUCUGAUGCCGUUUAUAUUUCCGGCCAACAUCGCAUCCCUUACAUCGCCAUUGGAGCUUUCUUACAGGCAGUGUCAUGGUUACCCAUAGCACUUAUGCCACCAUCUAGGAUUUCAGUUUUCACCAUCAGCAUAUAUCUUCUACUUAGCAACCUCGGUGCUUCAAUAGCUGAGGUUGCUAACGAUGCCAUCGUUGCAGAGGCAGGAAAACAGCCCACUUCUUCCAAGAAUUCUCGAGCAUCUUCCUCGGGUGAGCUCCAGGCUUUUGUUUGGGUUGCAUCUUCUGCUGGUGGGAUUCUUGGAAAUCUUCUUGGAGGCGUUGCUAUUGAUAGGUUCUCACCCCAAGCAAUGUUCCUAUUCUUUGGCCUUCUCCUUUCACUUCAAUUCUUCUUAACCAUCAUUGUUCGUGAACGCUCUCUUAAUCUCCCUCAAAGCUCAAUGAAUGCUGGUAUCAACAAACAACUCUCAGAACUCGCAGCUGUGCUAAAAAGACCUGAAAUUGCUUAUUCCAUAAUAUGGCUUGCUGUAUCUUACAGCAUAACACCUGCAUUGACUGGCACCAUGUUUUUUUAUCAGACAGAGCAUUUGAAAAUUGAGUCGUCUGUUUUAGGCAUCUCUAAAGUUUUUGGCCAAGCAGCCCUACUGUUAUGGGGCGUAAUUUACAAUCGGCAUCUGAAGUCAAUCCCGUCUAGGAAACUUAUUUCAAGUAUUCAGGUUUUAAUGGCGGUGUUUAUGAUCUCAGACAUGCUGUUCGUGAAGGGAGUCUAUCGAGAAAUGGGCGUGCCAGACUUCAUAUAUGUUGUUUUGUUCUCUGGACUUUCGGAGGUUCUGUUAUUCUUCAAGAUCUUGCCAUUCAGUGUUUUGAUUGCUCUGCUUUGCCCACCAGGAUGUGAGGGCUCUCUCAUGGCUUUUGUCAUGUCAGCCAUUGCCCUCGCGUUCAUCGUGAGUGGAUGUCUCGGUGUAGCGCUUGCAUCUUAUGUUGGUGUAACCGCAAAUGACUUUUCUGGCCUUGCUCGUGGUUUAAUAAUACAAGCAGUGUGCACUCUUCUGCCACUGUGUUGUUCAUGGUGCAUUCCUGAUGAUAUCAAAGCCAAAGACAGAAGAAAAGACUCCAAAAAACAGCUGUAACACAGUGGAAGACUUGAUAGCAUGGUCAGUGAAUUCUAUACAGAUAUAUACACUCCAUUGCAUAUUUAUUUUCCGUUUGAUAACCAUUUUUUCUUCCUUUUUUUUUUUGCUUUAAAUUUUUUUAUUUUGUAGAUUAAGCGCAUUAAGCUUUAUUCAAAACAAAGAGAGUUAUCAUACGGGUGCUAGUAUUCAAAAUUUUAAAGUUACUUUGAUCAUCCUACCAUUUAGCUUUUUGAGAUGAGUCUAGGAAUGUAUAGUAAUUUAUCACGAACAUCUCAGGUGGUUUUAUAUGGUGAUGUAAUAUUUCGAUAUCUAAAUAAACUGUCCUUUUAGUA